GCUGUGGGGCGGGGCCUGGGCGGGGCUGGCCAGUCGCCCAACCUCUCCUGAGCUCCGUGGGCCCGCCCCUGGCGUGCGAAGGGUUAUCCGGGACUGCGUCAUAACGCCGCUCCUCUCGGGCCAAGCUGCCGAUAGAUCCGCUUUCACUUCGCUGCCUGAGACCAUGGGCGCUCUCCUGAGUGGUGGCCAGGAAGGCCCAGAGCCCGCGCAGCCCCAGCCUCCAGCGCCAGAGGGUCCGCAGCAGCCUCAGCCUGAGCCCGGACCAUGGGGACUACUGGAUGAUGUGCGCUUUCUAAUCGCCUGCACAUCCUGGUACUGACCAGGUUCCCCGGGGCCUCCGUGUCCUCUUGGGCCUGGCCUAGCUUUUGUCCCCCUCACCCCAUGAUUUCCUGUCUUCCUCACUCUGGGUAGAGAUUCAAAAAAGCUCCUGGAAACUAGAGGUCCACAGGGCAACCUCAGGGGACUGACCAGAACCUCAGACUUGUUCCCAUCCUUACCAUCCCCUAAACCAGAUCACUCCCGGACCCCUUUCCAGCUCUGUCCUGGGGCAGCCUACCUGAACCAGAACCACCAGGCCCAGAUUCAGGCCUCCUGGCAGGACCCUUGAUGCUGUUGAACUCUGGUUUCCCCCUCGCUAGAACUGAGCUGCUUCAGGUGUCCCAGGUCACGGCCCUGUGUGCCCUGUCUCCAGAGAAGCAUGCAAACAGUGACCCUCCCAUACUCCUGAGGGACCUGGGGGCAGGACAUCUGAUUGCUGGUUAGCAGAUAGAUGCAUGAGACAACUGCAGAAUACCCCCGUGCACCCUUUUCUCCCCCGAAGCUUCUUAAGGGCACACUUGGGCCCUGGUCUUUGUUCCCACACCCCAGGGAAAAGACACUGUAUUUCUGUUUUAUUUAGAAAUGAUUUAAAAAACAUUAUACAAAGGCUGAUCAGUUUAAAAUGUGACCGACACUGAAAUGCUGUGAUGUCACCCAGGCUGAGGGGAAGCUGAGCUCUGGGGGCCCGGUGCUUUGCCCCUCUGACUGCUCUGGCCUGGGGUGAUGGACAAACAGAUGACUGCCUGCAGAAGAAUCCAAGAUUGGAAGCCUCUAGGCUGAGCCCUCUGGGCCCGGCCCUGCAUCCCUUACAUCUGCAGCCUGGGCUGCCUGCCUCCAUCUCCUGCUUGUUCUCAACUGGUCUUGGAGUACCAGGAGCCAACAGGGAGCCUGCGGGGCCUAGAGCUUUCAAGAAGUGAGAGCACCAACCUGAGGAGACGGACCAGGAAGUUGGGGGAGGGAGGCCCAGAAGAGAAGAAUAGAAAAGACAUUUAUCUCAGACCCUAGAAGGACCCACAGUUGGGAACACAGACCCAGCCAGGGCCACUGGAUGGCAGGGGCAGAUAAGACCUCCCUGUGCUUCUAAGGGCAAGAUGAGUGUUACCCUCAGCCUCUCAGGGCCUUCAUGUGAGUGAACAGGUGUGAGCUAAUAAAGUGCUUUGCAAAGUAUAAAA